CUCCAAGGUGUGAAUGCGGAAACUGGUGGAUCAUAAAAUCUGCAUGAGUUGUACUCUCUUCAAAAAUGAAUUGGGAAGUUACAGUUGGGUACAACUCGAGUGAAGUGAUGGCACUUAUGAACGAUACCACCGUGGCCACGGAGGGCAGGUCGCCUGAGGACUUCGUCUUCAGCAGGGCGGCUAUGAUCGCCCUGACCGUAGUCAUCUCCGUGGUGUCAGCCGUGGGAAUACUGGGCAACGCCAUGGUCAUAUUCAUCGUGUUCCGCUACAGGGACAUGCACACUGUCAUCAACUACUCGUUCGCUAAUCUAGCCCUGACUGACCUGACCUUGUUGCUAUUGGAUGGCGUGCCCACCGCGGCAGAUACCAUGGAAACCAACCUUUCAGCUAAACUUGGAUGCAACGUUCCUAUCUAUCUACAAUACGUUUCUGCCGAGGUGUCAUCUCUAACCCUGGCUUUUCUCUCUUACGACCGCUACCGACUCAUAGUGCAUCCGAUCAAGACGCUCCAGCGGCGGUCUACCAGGGCCCUGAUGAAAAUGUUCCUCUGCGUGUGGCUAGUGUCCUUCAUAACGCAGAUCCCCACUGCACUACCUGCAGGUCUGACACCAGAGGGCGCAUGCUCUGAAUACAUAGCUACCUGGGGCCAGGAGUACUUCUUUAGCUACACUCUAGUCUCCCUGUUCGUCAUCCCUUCUGGCAUCAUCGUCAUCUGCUACGUCAAGAUAGGCCGCAAAAUGCUGGAAGCCGGACCGCCGAGCAGCAUGAAAGCCCAUCGGCGCAGGCGAAGUGUCAACAUCAUCCUUGGUGUCAUCGUGCUGUACGCCCUCUGUUGGAUACCAGUCCACGUCGUUCACAUGUGGGGGGCCUUUGACCCGGAGGUCACUGCCAGGAGUCCGCUGUACGUAGUGCUGCAUACUGCCGCCAACGUCUUGAUGUUCGUCAACAGUAGCGUCAACCCGUUUGUGUACGCCCUUACCGGCCCAUCGUUUCGCAGCCACAUCAGGUCGAUUGUGGUCUCCAUGGCUAAAUGUCGAGCUAAAGAUGCUUUUGCCGACCAGAGACAUGAAAGUAAUCAGAACCUGUACGAGGCCAAAAAGGCAGCCUUAUCCCCGGGAGUUUCAGAUCCCAAGACACCGGAAGAUUUGCCCUCCGGUAGAUCCGACGAUGCAUGCGAAGGUGUAUACGAAUCAACUUGGCUUUGAGGUUAUUGUCACAGCUCAACGUAAUUCUUCAUGAAAUGGCAUUCAAGUGUGAACUGCCUUAACACUUUGCACUAUCAUCACUGACCUCGUUAAAAAACAUUCCCAGGGGUGUGCGACCGAUACUCAGACACUGACAAAAUUUUUGACCUGACUUAAGUUUACUUUGCUACUGUCUAAAGUUAGCAGCUUUGGUGCACUUUUAGGCGUUGCGGCAUAUACGUUUGGUGAAGCUUAACUGUGUGAUCGCACUCGAUCGUUUGGUAUAGAUGAAAAAAUCGACUUGGUCUGGCACUAAAUGACUGUGCACGAAGUGUUCGUGACGUUAGGUAAACAUUCGUUAAUAGACGAACUUUAAUCGCAGUCGAACGAUCCUUUGCCAAACAUGACUGCUGCAAUGAACAUGCAGCUUCGAAGUUGUCAGGCGGGAAACCAUUUUGCAGCACAUGAAUGUGAACACAGCACACCGUAACGAUAUGAGAAGAAUUAAGAGCGUUCACCGUCAUUUAUCGCUCGCACAAAUUGCGACAUUAAAUUGAGUGCCCGUAAAUAGGUUCAUUCUCGACGCACAAGCGAAGGCCAACAGGAAUUUGAGACGUCACGGACAUUUUCGCUCUGCACAUUCGCAAAAGUUGAAUUCAUUUCAACUCUGGCGGCAAUCAUGGCGAGAGUUUCAUGGCUCCACAUUUGCUUGAAUGUCAAACUUGAGUGUAAAACUCCGGUUCAGCCAAUCGGGCGAGAUCGAAUGACGGAUGAGUAACAACACUGUGACGCCUGAAGAAUGUAGCAAUGGCUUAAUGCGCCUAUCAAUAAUUGUUUCCUCCACCCCCUCCCCUCGCGGGCUGCCCCACCCAAGACCUGGGGAUUGUCACUUUUGAAGUAACAAAAUCCCCAGCCCUCGGGAAAAAUUUAAGGGACAAUCCCCGACCAUGCCCUGACAUACAUACAUGGGGUGCACUAGUGAUUGUUCAGUGUAUAGUAUACGCCAAUGUUAACAAUGUAA